CUCCUUCUUUCGGCACCAGCAUCACAGGAACCCUGACAGACACACAGACGGAGGGAGGGAGGGACGAGGCCUCGGUGAUCGCGCUCCCCGCUCCAGAGUUCGGUUCCUCGCGGUCCGUUAUGUCUUUGAGCCUGCUCCCCGUCUCGCUAUGCCUGAACGACACCCACCGCCGCUGCUCCUCUUCCUGCCGUCGCUGCUGCUGAUCUCCUGCCUGAAUGGGGCGGCGAGGGCAGCAGCGGCACUGGAGGAGGGCGGCGGCCUCACGGCCGGGGCCGGAGACCCGUCCGGCACCGACACCGCUGCCUCGGGCCGAGCGGCCACCCUCUCGGCUCUAUCAGCAGAGCCUCAGUUUGCCCUGAAGGUCCUGGUGAGAGAUCUGGUGACCCGCCAGCCCCUGUCGGGGGCUUCAGUGGACGUCUACGUCAACCACACCUUGAGGAGUUCUGCCCAGACCGGGGAGAUCGGGGAGGUUCUGCUCUGGGUGGCGUACAGCCCAGGCCUCGGUCUGACCCUGCUGGGCAGCAUGGAAGGCUAUGUGCCCAGCCUGCUCCCCUGGAGCACCAAUAAGAGACCAAUUUUCUCCUCUGUCACGUUGCUGUUGCUCCCUCACAGUCAGGGGAACAUCUGGCUGUUUGAAGACUCUGUGCUCAUCACCGGGAAGGUACCUGACAGCUCAUCACAGCCGAUGGUGAAGUUCCCAAAGAACAUUCUCACAAUCCCAGAUAAGACCAACAUGUCUUCGGUGAUGGCGUACCUGACUGUACCACAUCCUCACCUGGCGAAGGACUGCACCAACUGCACUCCGGGCUUCAUCAGCAACAAAUCAGUUUUCAGAAGUAUUGAUCUGAAAGCCGUGGCAGCCAUCAGCGUCCUGCUGUACUCCAGCGGCGAGGAGCUACAGGUUCGAGGACCCAUCCAGAUCAGUCUGCCGCUGGGCCACCACACACACCUCAGGGCCUCUGAUACUGUGCCAGCCUGGGCCUUCAACCAGAAGACAGGUGGCUGGGAGAAUCAUGGCCUGGGAAUAGUUAAAACGGUUGGAAACGAGCUGGUUUGGACUUACACUGCUUCCCAUCUGGGCUACUGGAUCGCCGCCCCUCUGCCUUCAUCAAGAGAUUAUCUGGGACAUGCAAACUCUUUGGAUUUCCUAUCUUACCAUACCUACCUGUUGGUAGGAAUACUGGGUGGAACUCUGGCCAUAGUGAUCGGAUUUCUGUCCUUGCUCCUGUGCCACUGUGGAGGUUCUUAUCGUGAGCCCAGAAGGAGGAGAGCGCGUUUUUCCAAAUUGACGGUUGUAAAGAAAGACCAAACCACCUCCACCCACAUGGAAGAGGGCUUGUUGUUCCGAUCAGGCGACAACAGCCUCGCCACCUGCAGCGUCCAGUGCGAACCGUCAUCUACUCCAAGGCACAAAGCCAACUAUAACAUCUACGUGGAGGAUCCAGGGACUCGUCCUGCGGCACCGCUUUAUGAAAACAUCACUCCAGAUCGGUUGAAGGGUCCUCAGCCGUCACCUCACUACAUCAACAGUGAAGAGGUGUCUCGACUAAGGGAGAAGUCGGAGCAGAACCGGGCCAACAUCAACUGCGACAACUUCUUUCAGGAUAAGCUGGUCCAUAUCUACAACCAGCCAGUGGCCAUUAUUCCCGCUCCCGAGCUCUUCAGUGCUCAGGAGCAGCAGCUACCGGGCUGCAAGUCCGCCACCUUCCCCCGCAACGGAAGUGAGUAUGAUGCUCACUCAGAGCCUGCAAGUAAAGACAGCUACACCCAGACACUACCCAAAGUUCCUCACCACCACUCACAAGGUGGGAGCAGCCCACAGCAGAGUAGCCAAGAUGAUCCCCAGCCUCUGGAGACGCCCCCUCAGGGGCAAGGCCCUAACAGUGUGUGGGGACGCUACAGUAACCUCCUUGAAUCCUCCGUCUCUGUGCCUGGGACUCUUAAUGAGGCAGCUGGCAUGGAGGGCUUCAACACCGGGCACGGCGUGCCCAGUGAGUUGCAGGGGAUUUCAGAGCGCACCUUGCUGGAGCUGACGCGUGGCAAGUCCUUGUCGUCUCACCCCAGAGCCUGGUUUGUCUCCUUAGACGGGAAGCCAGCAGCCCAGGUUCGCCACUCCAUCAUUGAGCUCCAGAGCCACCACCGCCCGCCGAGCAGCAACGACACCAGCCUGGACUCAGGGGUGGACAUGAACGAGCCUCAGCAAAGCAUCCGCGAGACGGAGCGUGACCGACCUUCUAUCAGGGCUUCUUCCCUGCCGCACCACAGCCGAGGCGGGCGGUAUGGUGAAGAGCAGGACCUGAGCAGCAGUGAGAGUGGCACCACUGCUACCUGCACACCAGAGGACCCGUCCCUGAGGAACAUUUUAGAUGGGAGCAGUGGGGCCAUUCCAAAUAUUCCCGAAGAGCGUGAUGGGAUGGAUACAUCCAGCGCUCAGGAGGACAGUGAAUCAAGAGGUACACCACCUCCACGGCGCCUGAGGAAGGUGAGGGAGAAGGGGAAGACGGAAAAGAGGAGCGCCAAGCACAUCCGGGAGGGCAGACCUCUGACCAAGAGAAGCUAAAGCUUCUCAGGCUCAUUUCCCUGCCCAUCAGUGCUUCAGUUAAAAUCCAAAUUAAAUGAUUCAUAUGAGUUUGUGUUCACACAGGCAUUGUUGUUGUUGAGUUCUGUGAUUGUACAACUUUGCCAAAGAAUGCAUAAGCGAGCUCAAGAAAUGAAUCAGCAUCCGUGUCACGUUAUGUAGCUGCUGUUAAGACGAGUUUGUGCACCGUGUUCUCUCAUUCUCCCAAAUCUGACGAUCACCAGCGAGAUUCCUCACAGCAGAUGUCCGUGUGAACACGAUGUCCCACAGUAUCCGGUUCUGGCAUUAUAGAGGGUGCCUUCUUACUGCCUGUAAUCAUUAAAUAGGGUUACGCAAAGGUGGUGUGUGUCGAUAUUUAGUAAAAAAACAAUCUGGUGAGUUUGCAGGAUGGACACAGAUACAGGUCAAUGUGUAGUGCACUUAUCCUCACCAUAAAUGCCUGCUGUAUAUUAAAUAAGACCAAGAAGCUUUCCCAGUCCGGAGCACUCACAUCUCGCUUUGUAUCCUACUGCCUCAUUCCAACAUAAUUGACGCUCUGGGAUUUGUUAAAUAAACUGAGUGUAAGUAACAGGAAAACGAGCUUCAGCUAUUCAACUUUUGACUAACUCCAGAACCUUUGGAUUGAAAUUUUGAUGUACAUUGUAAAGCAAAGCAAAGCUGCCAUUUUGAAGUUAAUUUCUAAAGUUCAAGGUUUUUAGCCUACAUCUGUUUUUGAAUGCAUGAAAAUGAAUGUUUUCACCGUGCGUAUGAAUAUAUUUGCAUUUUACCGUUAACAGUAAUUCAUCAUAGAUUACUUAGAGACUGAAUAUUUUUCCAUUUAUUUCCAUUUCCAGUUAUCCACAUUUAUUGGUACGACAAAACGUGUCAAGGCUUGUUUAACGGGAUUCGUAAGAGUCCAAAGAAUUAGAUUAACUGUUGGAAACAAUCAGUGGUACAGUUGCUACUUUUCUUUGAGGGAUACUGUUAUAAAUAUGCUGUUGUCGAACAGUGGACAAAUUGGACUUAUUGUGCUACCUAUUAGGUUUUAAUUGGUCAGUGUAUGUCUAAGUAACCUCUGCAAGGAAAAGUGCCAGCUUCAGUCUGCUUUAAAUACUUGCUUUCAGACAGUUUUUUCUGCUGUUGGCUCUGGAUGAUGUCAGAGAGUGGGGCUGUCUUUGCCCCACCCACUUGUUGUUCAAACCCUCUGUUUGUUAGGGGAAGCCAUUUAGAAGAAAAAUAGUCUAAGAUAGGCACUAAUGGGGCUACUCUAGGGCUCGGUAUAAGAAAAAUAAGGAAUAUUUAUUAUUUUGAUCCUUGAAUAAUGCAAAGCUACUCCAGUAGAGUCCAAGAAUAACAACAUGGAGAUGGUAAUGAGCAUAGCAAGUCCUCUUUAACUGGAAGAACCUGUUGCUUGCUAAUAAAUUAGGAUUUGAUUUACUUUUUUCUUAAUACCUGAACAUCUUUUCGGGUACAGCGUUACCCUUUGAAACUAAUUUCAGCAUUGUGCAAUUGGUGCCUUGGAGAUCUGCUUUUAGCUGUACCUGUAUGCCCAAAUCUAUUUAUAUAUAUACUCACACAGUAGGCAUCAACAUAGGUUUAUAUUUUCUAGAGGAGGGAAAAAAAUCUGGGUUUGAAUAACGCUUCAGUUUAUAAUAAUGGUUCUCCUCUUUUGGUCCAUUGGUCUUUGCUACACUGAUAUAGUGCAGCUCACAGAAGGCAAUGCCAUUGUAGCGGUCUGUGAGCUGGUUGGUCCGUUGGUAAACCAUGUCAACAACUGUUGGUGGUUUACUGUUAGAAUGUGUACACAGGCUCAUUGUUUCCUGAUACUGUCUCACAAUUAUUUCAAUCACAAUCACUUAUUUUCCUCUCCGGUUCACCAUGAGGCUGACAUUUGGUUGGAUGGAUUGCCAUGUAUAUUAAUGUUCCUCUCAGGAUGAUUUGUAAGAACUUUGCUGACCCUUAAAUUUCCACGCUGCAUCAUCUUAAAGUCAAAAUCAUAGACUGUAUAAAAGAUGGACGUAGCCACCAGAGCAUCAUCCAUUGGCCUGUUAAGUGCUUCAGUGGAUGAGUGUUUUCCCCUUUUGCUGCCUUGGUGUUUGAAACCAGCUGUGAGGUGUGGAUUUGACUGACAAACUACUUGCUCAGUUUUAAGAUUUUUAAAACGAACGACUAUGGAACAACUAUGAUCUGAAACUGGCAACUGUGUCCGUAACUUGUCAACUAGGAACUGUGGGCGGUUUCCUAUAAAGGUUUAUACGACCCAAAGUCUUUUUGUAGUCAGAGGAGUCGCCCCCCGCUGGAUACCAGAAUGCACCUUUAAGACGCUCCUGCAUUAGCUUGACUUUGUCCAUCCUUUAAACAGUCCAUGGUCAAAUUUUCAACUGUUCAGUUCCUGCAAAACUAAUAAUAAUGUCUGCUGUACUUUGUGGCUAACUAGCAAAUGUGAGAAAUAUUAGCUGAAAUAAGAUGACUAAGGCCUCAUUUACACAAGGCUGCUAGGGAAAAAAAAUAUUCUCCAACCAAAAGAAAACUACAUUAAGCUCUCCCAUUAUUCACUAAGGGUUUCCACAGUGGGCAGUGCUGUAUAUUUGAUUGGGCAGGAUACCCUUCCUGAUGCAACCCACAAGACCAGUGACCCCCUUGUAGCUGCCGUUCACUAUGGAAAAAUGUGUUUUCCCAGAUUAGCAAAAGGUUGUUGGAGGUUACUGUUGCUAGGUGAAACUGGCUGUAACAAGAUAGAGGGCUGAUUUGGCGCAGAAGUCUCCACCUGGUUUGCAAACACUUCAAGUCCUGUCAACUACUCACGAAGCGAUAGUAAAACUGUGAAGAAUAGAGCACAGACUGCCUUUACAGUAAAAGUUUUGCUUUUUGAAAUAUGUUGUUUCAGCAGCUUUUACUUUGAACGCAAAUGUUCUAGGUGGCGCCACACUUGUUCAUGUUUCAUUACCACUCAUUGGUUGACUGGUGAGUGUUUGCAGACAAAUUCCAUGCAAACUGUGGACGACCGCAGUAAUCUGCUAGUGGCCAAAGCAAUUGCAACAAGGUUUUUGAGGCAGUACCCUGUUUUGCCAACUAUUUUACACAACGACAGCCAGCAACCACUCACCAACCAGUCAGGGAAUACACAUUUUAUAAGGGGUGUGCUGACUGGUCUGCGGCCCUACAAGGCAAACAUAUACUCGCUUAGCAUGUUAAGCUUAAUUAUUGUGACCAUAUUAGCAUGCUAGCAUUAAGCUCAGAGGACAACUGGUAGCAUAAAUCUGAGUACUUAAGCUCUUAAUAUUUAUACAAAGAAGUAUUUUAGUGAAAUAUUGAACAAAAAGGCCAACCAUACUCUUUUAUGCCUUUCCUACUUGGCAGGACAAGGCAGGUUUAUCCAUGUUUCCAAGAAAUCUUCAGUGGAUAAAUAUGGGUACCCACUGAAGGUUGGGUAAAAACCCACUAAAAGUGGGUAAAAAUAUCCACAAUAAAACAUUUAAAACUGAUGAACCAUGAUACAGUGUGAAAAACAAUGGUUCAAAUAGCAAUAUUUUCAAGUAAAUUCACUUUUUAAAGAGAACAGUGCAGCAAAGCUUUUACCAUAAUUAGUCUUCCAUCAUUUUACGACUCUUUGGAUUUCAUUCUGUACAUUCACGUGUGCUCUUUUGUAUGUAUAUAGUAAAGAUUUUAUGUACGAUGUGACAGUGAUUUAAAUCAUUUGUGCUGUUUUUUUCUACCAUCCAGAAGUGGAGAUGUGCACCGGUUGAAUGAAACAGAUUUUGAGUGUUUCCCCCCCACAGGAUUGUACAAAAAGCCUGAGCUUUGUAAUUUAAAUGUAGCAACAAACUGAGCACUUGAUCAUUCAGUACGCUUACAGCUGAAAAUAUUUUUCUCCUGCUUGUCAUCAGCUUUAAAAAACAUGGUACACCCCAGCCUCAGCGGCCACUCGAGGAGUCGUAUGUGAACACGUUGUGCUGGUACUUCUUGACGAGCGCAACAACUCCGAUCACUGCCACUUCCUGUUUUUGGACGUGAUUUGUAUUGAUUUCCAUGUAUAGUGUUGCCCUCGUGUGUCUCACCAUUGAAUUGUCUGAUUCUUCCCCAGUGGACACCUCUUGUGUUUUUACCUCUGUAAUGAUGGUAGUGCUGUUAGUCUUGCCUUUUUUGUGCACCAAAUUAAUAAACUUAGUUGA